AUGCCUCCGAGACUAUGCGAAAGGCGAGAACUGUUAGAGGAUGAGGUUAUUCAUCAUGAGGAAAACCCAAGUAGGGAUGCGGAAUUAGGGGCCGGACCGGGUCCGAGGGCGCGGAAUGUUCAGAACCCUCUUGCAAGGGAUAUUGUCGCGGCACUUGCAGCCGCUAACCUUUUGCAACCUCCUCCUAGGGAGAAUGCGGACAAUCGGGCCUUAGUAGCUAUAGAGGCUGGUGAGUGGUGGGAGUCUGUUUCUGAGAGUAGGAAAGAUGCGAGGGGGGCGGCUAGGACCACGGCUCACGCAAACGAGCCAGAUGUGGAGAAUAUGACAUGGGCAGAGUUUGAAACACUUUUUGAGGAUCAAUACUUUCCGGAGUCUUCCUGUGAUCAGUUGAGGGAUCAAUUCGAGAAGCUUGAGCAGGGUAAUAUGACCGUUUCUAAAUACGCGAUGAAGUUCCAAUCCUUGUCACGAUUCGCUCCAGAGUUAGGGGCUACCGAGGAGAGAAAGUGUAGACGUUUUGAGAAGGGGUUACAUAACACUGUGAGGAGGAUGGUAACGGUGCAACAGAAGACGAAGUAUGCCGAGGUUGUUGAGUGUGCAAGGAGUAUUGAGAUACCAAGGGAAGCACAGAGGAAUAGAGGAGUUUGGGAAUCGAGGCAACCAGCCAUUACUGCUAGUUCUUCAGGGACUUUCGGGAGUCAGGGGAGGAAGCGAUCACGGGAAACAUCUUUUGCAACUCAGAGUCAACCGAGUGUUAGGGCGUCUACCGUUUCUUCUGGAGUUCGAGGAACUCAUUCUAGGCUAGCAGUUAUGUGUCACCGUUGUGGUCAGUCAGGCCACUUUCAUGCAGAUUGCCGGUCGAAGGAGUGUUAUGUGUGUGGGGAGUUUAGCCAUCUAGCCAAGGAUUGUCCUCAUAGAGUGAAAGGCGCUCGUAAUGAGUCGGGUUCCGUUCAGCAACCGGGGUCAGGGCAUGGGUUUGGCCAACAGUCGUUCAGAGGAUUUGUUCAGAACCAGACUACUCAGGGUAGGGCAUUUGCUAUCACUUUUGCUAUUCCACCGCCUCCAGUCACUUCUCAUGCUCUAGAGGCUUCGGUUGUGAGGGGUACAUUUCUAUUGUUCAAUUCCUUUGCUCAAGGCUUUGAUCUUAUUCUUGGAAUGGAUUGGUUAUCUAUGUUUCAUGCCACCAUUGAUUGUUUCAAGCAUCGAGUUCGUAUUUGUCCGCCAGAGGUUACUUGUUUUAAGUUCUUUGGGGAACGUCGGGAACCGUUGGAGUCGUAUCUAUAUGGGUCUCGAGAGCGGGAAUCCAUUUGUUCUUUGUUGGCAAGUUUGACUCUAGAUGAGGAUGUGUCCGCGCGUGGGGAGUUGCCCCUUGUCGUUUGCGAUUUCCCGGAUGUGUUUCCUGAGGAGUUACCCGGUUUACCUCCCGAGAAAGAAGUUGAGUUUACUAUCGAGUUACUUCCCGGAACCGCACCAAUCUCCGUACCUCCUUAUCGUUUCGCUCCUGCAAAACUUAGGGAAUUAAAGGUUCAGUUGCAGGAUUGGAAAAUUUGGGGUUUAUUCAUUCGAGUGCAUCUCCGUGGGGAGCACUAG